UACUUUGCUCCCCUGUUAUUGCCUCCAUGUCCAUCAACGUAGCCGUCAUUGGCCCUGGUGGUGUCGGUAAGGCCUUCUUGAGCCAGCUCGCUCAAUACAACAAACGUAGCGACAACACCUACAAGCUCGUCUUGCUUGCACGCUCGAAAGUCGCAGCGUACACGGAUGACUUGCAGGAGAUUGCUUUCGACAGCUGGCAGUCGACUCUGGACAAGGCCAUCAAGCCCGCGGAUUUGACAGCCAUGCUUGCGACUCUCAAGACAUCAAAGGUGCCCGUCAUUUUGGUCGACAAUACCUCGAAUGAAGCGAUUGCUGCACGUUACGGUGAGAUUCUAGAUCUAGGCAUUCACAUCGCGACCCCCAAUAAGAAGGGCUUCAGCAGUGAUUUACAAGCAUUCAAGGAUACGCAGCGAAAAGCGAAAGGUAGGGGUUUGUGUUUCCAUGAGAGCAGUGUGGGUGCUGGUCUCCCAAUCUUGUCGACGCUCAAGGAUCUUGUCGAGACGGGUGAUACCAUCUGCAAGAUUGAGGGUAUCUUUUCAGGUACGCUGAGUUAUCUGUUCAAUACCUUCAGCCCUGCAUCUGCUAUUGAUGCGCUCAAGCAAGGCGAUGAUGUUGGAUUGCCCAAGUUUUCACAAGUCGUGCAAGUUGCCAAGGAUAGUGGCUUCACUGAGCCAGACCCACGCGAUGACUUGAACGGGCUUGACGUUGCUCGCAAGUUGACCAUUCUAUCGCGAUUGUCUGGAUUGGAUAUCGCUUCUCCUACUUCCUUCCCCGUGCAGUCGCUUAUUCCUGAGGCUCUCGAAUCUUGCGAAUCGGGUGAUGCCUUCUUGAAGGGCCUGCCAGAUCACGAUGAUGCCUAUGGCAAGCAACGAGCAGAAGCGGCACAGAAUGAUAGUGUUUUGCGAUUUGUUGGAUCCAUUGAGAUGGCUACACAGCAAGUGAGCGUGGCACUCAAAGCAUUUCCCAAGACAUCGGCCUUUGCUGGCUUGAAGGGAAGUGAUAAUGUCGUUGCAUUCUACACGGAGCGGUAUGGUGGGUUGGAGGGCAACCCAUUGAUUGUUCAAGGUGCUGGAGCAGGCGGUGAUGUGACUGCCAUGGGCGUUCUUGCUGAUGUCCUCAAGAUUGGAGCUAUUGUGCAAGGCAGACCUGGCCCAGGACAGUGAGGGUUGUGAUCUUUACAAAAAUAGAGCUCGUUGCAUAGCAAGCAUGCCAAGCGUGGACCUUUGAUGUAUGUCGUACAGGCAAAGAUGACGGGCUCACCGGCAGACCAUGCAUACUGCGCAAACGCAGCCAGGUCGUCAUGAUGCAGAGCCAAGACUCGGCUAUAGCAGCUGCCGCAUCUGUGCGUUAUGCUGACGUGCGCCUGCUUGACUAGCCCGCGAGCCCGAAUCUCAGGGGAAUGAAUGGAAGUGAAGUGCGACAACGGAGAUCACUUGGCAUAUA